AUGGCGGAGACGGAGCGGAGUAGGAGCUGAUUCAGGAAGAGAUGGCGCUGUAAAGUGGGUUACCACGGAAACUUCACUCCAACAGUUCCCACAGGGACCAGGAGGAUUGUCUUCUCUUUGGAGGGACCCCUGAGAGCCAAUGUCGGACGUUCCUUGCCUUAUAUUUUGUAGUUUUUUUGCGUCUUGUUCUUAUCGGUGCGUCUACCUGCGCGGAAUCUCUUCAGCACCGCUGUUUCCUGUUUGACACUCGCAAACACUUCAGUGACAUUGUUGUUUAGAUAUCUUUCCUUUAAGAGACCGGCAUAGAUUGACAAAUAUUGUGUUUCUUAUCUGGGCUCACCACAGCGCGAUUUCGUCCUCCUUUGGACAAGUUAAUAGCUGUUUUUCCUCUCUACAGUAGAACAAUUCCUGUCAGUCAGGUGUAGUGACAUCAACGGACACUUCCCGCCGAAAGCGCGAGACACUAACGUAUAAACUAGCCGUGAAUGUUGACCAGGACCUGUUUUUCACCUCUGUCAACUUCACGAGAGCGAUAUUUAUUUGCCAUACAUUUCUCCAUAGUUUAACUCGGCUGUAGGGUCAAACAGGUGUCGCACCUGUUCCCCUCUCACCUCUCACCUGACUCCGUCAUGGCGAGCGCAGGUGACAGCGCUGGCGGGAUCCCCAUCAGAGGAAUCCGCAUGAAGUUCGCCGUGCUGGCGGGGCUCCUGGAGGCUGGUGAAGUCUCCAAUCGGGACAUUGUGGAGACGAUCUUCAAUCUGCUGGUCGGGGGACAGUUCGAUCUGGAGAUGAACUUUAUCAUCCAGGAGACGGAGAGCAUCAUCUGCAUGGUAGAGCUGCUGGAUAAAUGUGAUUCCACUUGCCAAGCUGAAGUGUGGAGUAUGUUCACCGCCGUGCUGAAAAAGAGCUUGCGAAACCUGCAGGCCUGCACAGAAAUCGGCUUCAUCCAGCUGGUGCUUCAGUGCAUAGACCGGGCCGACACCAUGAUCGCAGAUCUGAUGGUGGACAUGCUAGGUGUGCUGGCCAGCUACAGUAUCACAGUGAAGGAACUGAAGCUGUUCUUCAGUAAACUGAAAGGAGAACAAGGCCAAUGGCCUCCUCAUGCCAUCAAGCUGCUGUCCGUGUUGAAGUGCAUGGCUCAAAGAAUUGGCCCAGAUUCCUUUUUCAGCUUCCCAGGGAAGAGUGCUGCGGCUAUUGCACUUCCACCUAUUGCAAAAUGGCCAUACCAGAACGGCUUUACCUUCCACACCUGGCUGCGCCUGGACCCCAUCAAUAACAUAAACGUUGACAAGGACAAGCCUUAUCUCUACUGCUUCCGCACCAGCAAAGGUUUGGGCUAUUCUGCACACUUUGUGGGUGGAUGUCUGAUUGUGACCUCUCUAAAGUCCAAAGCCAAAGGCUUCCAGCACUGUGUGAAGUAUGACUUUAAACCCCAGAAGUGGUAUAUGGUGACCAUAGUGCACAUCUAUAAUCGCUGGAAGAACAGCGAAAUCAGCUGCUAUGUUAAUGGAGAGUUGGCGUCAUAUGGUGAGAUCACCUGGUUUGUCAACACAAGCGAUACAUUCGACAAGUGUUUUCUGGGCUCAUCAGAGACAGCAGACGCUGACCGUGUGUUCUGUGGUCAGAUGGGGGCAGUGUAUCUGUUCAGUGAGGCUCUCAGUGCUGCUCAGAUAUUAGCCAUCUAUCAGCUGGGGCCUGGAUACAAGGGCACUUUUAAGCACAAGGCAGAGAGUGACCUGAUGUUUGCAGAACAUCAUAAGAUGCUGCUGUAUGAUGGAAAGCUGUCUGCCAGUAUCGCCUUCACCUAUAAUCCUCGAGCCACUGAUGCUCAGCUGUGUCUGGAGUCCUCCCCCAAGGACAACGCCUCUAUCUUUGUGCACUCACCACACGCUCUCAUGCUGCAGGACGUCAAAGCUAUGGUGACACACUCGGUUCAGAGUGCCAUCCAUUCUAUUGGAGGAGUUCAGGUCCUUUUCCCCCUGUUUGCACAGCUGGAUUUCCUCCAGCACAGCGGUGACGAGCUGGACACCUCCGUCUGUUACACACUACUGUCAUUUGUGAUGGAGCUGCUGAAGGGCUCUGUAGCUAUGCAAGAGCAGGUGCUGGCCUGCAAGGGCUUUCUUGUCAUCGGUUACGCACUGGAGAAGUCUUCCAAAGUACAUGUGACACGACCUGUGCUAGACAUUGUCCUUGCCUUCGCCCGUUAUCUUAGCAACCUUCCUACUGGAGUUUUGCUCUUGAAACAGCUGUGUGACCACAUCCUCUUCAACCCUACCAUCUGGAUUCAUGCCCCAGCUAAGGUACAGCUGCUUCUCUACACCUACCUGGCCACAGAAUUCAUCAGCACUGUCAACAUCUACAACGCCAUCCGUAGAGUUGGAACUGUACUGCAGAUCAUGCACACACUCAAAUAUUUCUACUGGGUUGUAAACCCACUGAACCGCAGCGGAAUCACGCCCAAGGGUCUUGAUGGGCCAAGACCCAAUCAAAAGGAGAUUCACUCUCUCCGAGCAUUCCUGCUGCUGUUUGUCAAACAGCUUAUCAUGAAGGAUCACGACGUGAAGGAAGAUGAACUGCAGAGUAUUCUGAACUACCUGCUCACAAUGCACGAGGAUGAUAAUCUGAUGGAUGUUCUCCAGCUUCUGGUGGCACUGAUGUCUGAGCACCCUGUAUCAAUGGUUCAAGCCUUCGAUCAGCGAAAUGGAAUACGGGUCAUCUUUAAGCUGCUCGCAUCCAAAAAUGAAGGGAUUCGUGUGCAGGCACUCAAAGUCUUGGGCUACUUUCUCAAAUAUUUGUCACCAAAGACAAAGUCAGAGGUCAUGCUGGCUCAUGGCCUGUUCUCUCUGCUCACUGAACGAUUGAUGCUCCACUCAAACCAGUUCACAGUCACAACAUAUAACGUGCUGUUUGAGAUUCUUACGGAGCAGAUCUGUACUCAGGUCAUUCACAAACAGCACCCAGACCCCGACUCCACUGUGAAGAUUCAAAACCCACAGAUCCUAAAAGUGAUAGCUGCUCUUUUAAAGAACGCUUCUCCAGGAGCAGAAAGCAUGGAAGUACGGCGUAUCUUCCUCUCAGAUAUGAUCAAACUCUUCAACAACAGCCGAGAGAACCGCAGGAGUCUUUUGCAGUGCUCGGUGUGGCAGGAGUGGAUGCUGUCUUUGUGCUUUAUAAACCCCAAGAACAGCGAGGAGCAGAAGAUCACAGAGAUGGUGUACGCCAUCUUUCGCAUCCUUCUUUAUCACUCCAUUAAGUAUGAGUGGGGUGGCUGGCGCGUGUGGGUGGACACACUCUCCAUUACGCAUUCCAAGGUCACCUUUGAGCAACACAAAGAGAAUCUGGCCCACAUGUUCCUUGAGUACCAGCGGAUGGGUUCUGAGGAAGGAUCUGAAAGCAGAAUCAGAACUGUAUCUGGAGCCAGUCACGAUUCUCAGUUCCUUGCCUCAACCAAUGGUGAGCUGAAUGCUGACGAGACGGCUCCAUCUACAGUAAUUGAGCUACGUGUUGAGGAGAAGGUCACUGAUCAGCCUGGAGACAAUGAGGAAAACAGGGCCCAGAUCCCAGUCACAGUGUCCAAUAUUCUGGCCAGAGAUGAGGAAGAGAGACAGACAGAUACCAUUGCCACCUCACCAGAGACAAAGAAAGGGGAUAAAGGUGAACAGGACACUACGAAAGAACCAGGAAAGGAUAAUGAAGUGCAAAAUAUGGAGGCUGACAUGGAUGGAGAGCAUGAGAGAGUGGAAAGAGUUGAGGCUGACAUCACAAUGACUAAAGGUAGGGUAAACGAGAAGGAAAGAGCUGAUCUGAGUGUAACAGAUGAUGUGGACAAUACUCAGACUGCAACCAACAAGGAUGCCAGAGUUGAAACUGAAGUUGUGAAGAUAUCAGAUGAAGAUGAUGGUAAAACAAGCACUGCUGAAACUGUACUAAAUGUUCAAGUAGAAGAUAAAGAAAAAAGACCUGGAGAUUCUUCUCCUGAAGCUGUAAAGGAAGCUAAAGUGGAAGAAAGUUCUGAGGCUUCGGCAAACCAGGAGACCAGCAAAACUGGGUCCUCCAUCACGGAUGAAGAUAGCACAGAUGUUUCCUCAGUCAGCAACUUAGUGAAGGUCAGUGAUGACAGCACAGAGGAGUCUUCUUAUGUUUCAGCUACAGCGGGUGAGACUGAUGACAAUGGUGCAGAAAAGGAAGACGAUGGGAAAGAGAAAGAAAAGAAGCUGGAAACCGAAAAAGAUGAGAAGCCAUUACAAAAUGAGAAAGUAGAGGAAACCAAGGCUGAACCAGCUCCCAUGGUGGAGGUGGAUUUAAACCAAAGCACCUCUAUCGAUGAGACCAAGCUUCACAAAGAGACUACAGCUGGUCAUGGUGCUGUUGAGGCUGAGCAAACCCCAGAAGUACUUCCUCCAGAUUUGUCCAAGGUGUCUGCGGCAGAGGUUAGCCCUUGCGCUGAGAGUAUCUCACAGGAUCCAGGAACUAACCAAGACACUCCAAAGGCAGCAGGGACUGAGACCUCAGCAACUAAAACCAAAGAGAUUAAAAUUGCUAGACUGGAUGUGUCAAGUGUGGCCUCAGACACAGAGAGAUUGGAGCUGAAGGACACCUCAACAAAUCUGAGCGCAAAUCAAGCAGCUGCCUCAAGCCCCUCAGGUCAGGGCAAUGAGGGCUCGUCUUCGGCACGGUCCACUAUGUUCCGUAUCCCAGAGUUCAAGUGGUCUCAUGUGCACCAGCGCCUUUUGACUGACCUGAUGUUCUCUAUUGAGACUGAUGUGCAGAUGUGGAGAAGUCAUUCAACUAAGACAGUUAUGGACUUUGUGAACAGCAGUGAGAACGUAGUGUUUGUGCACAACACUGUCCAUCUAGUCUCUCAGGUGGUGGACAACCUCAUCAUGGCCUGUGGAGGAAUCCUUCCUCUGCUGUCUGCAGCCACCUCUUCUACGCAUGAGCUGGAGAACAUUGAGCCAUCUCAGGGUUUGUCUGUGGAGGCGUCACUGAUGUUCUUGCAGAGGCUGAUCAAUCUCGUGGAUGUGCUGAUCUUCGCCAGUUCACUCAACUUCACAGAAAUCGAAGCAGAGAAGAACAUGUCCUCUGGAGGAAUCCUAAGACAAUGCCUACGUUUGGUGUGCGCGAUGGCUGUGAGAAACUGUCUGGAAUGUCAGCAGCACACCCUGGGUAAGUCUGGUGCAGAGAGCAGCCGUGGACAGCAAAACCUUCUGGGAGCCGCCAAGUUUAUACCAGCACAGAGUCCUGUGGACAUUGUGACAGGAGGGAUGUCUCCUAUCAGAGAUUUAGACCGGCUUCUGCAGGACAUGGACAUCAGUCGUCUCCGUGCUGUAGUGUUCAGAGAUAUAGAGGACAGUAAACAGGCUCAGUUCCUGGCCCUGGCAGUGGUCUACUUCAUCUCUGUACUCAUGGUAUCUAAAUAUCGAGACAUCCUUGAGCCAGACAAUGACAAAAGACAUCCCCAGCGCUCACAGUCUGUCAGGAGCACAGAGAGUGUUCAGUCUGAUCUUGAGAAUGGUUUGUCUCCCCAUCGCCGGUACUCUAGUAUUGAGGAUGGGAAGACCUCAGUCAUCACCGAGGCACAGACCGGCCCAGAUGCUGUAUCCGAAGCCCUGUAUACUUUGUCCUCUGAAGUAAGGAGAGGUCAAGAUGUCACUGAUAUUAACAACAAAGGAAAAAAUGUUAAUGUCAAGGAUAUUUUGAGAAGUCUCGUUAGUGCACCCUCUGAUGACAUCAUAGUGGACCCUAGCCUCAUACCGCCUGGGUUUCUGAGUGCAGUGGGCGAUGCUUCCCGUGACCAGUCCGUCCAGUUCCACUCUUUUGACAGGAGUGUUGUUGUGGCCCCCAAGAGAAUGGGUGGGGCUCCCUCACCAGGAAUGAGUACAGUCUCCGCAGCUGCAUCCGUCCCAUCAGCCACUGCUGCAUCCUCAGGUGGAACUCCAGUCAACAGUGUGUCAGUGGUGUCCGCAGGAGAAACUGUUGAGAGCACAGAGUCUGCCCCAGGAGGAACCUCCACCAGCUCCAACCUGCCAUCUGUCCCUGCUUUAUCCCCAGUGACCCAGAGCUCUGCCCCCAACAUGAGUAUCUCAGAGAGGUUGGAACAUGCUUUGGAGAAGGCAGCUCCUUUACUCCGAGAGAUUUUCGUGGAUUUCGCACCAUUCCUCUCUCGCACAUUGCUGGGCAGUCAUGGACAGGAGCUGCUCAUCGAGGGCACCAGUCUUGUGUGUAUGAAGUCUAGCAGUUCUGUGGUUGAACUGGUCAUGCUGCUGUGUUCUCAGGAGUGGCAGAAUUCCAUCCAGAAGAAUGCAGGCUUGGCCUUCAUCGAGCUUGUGAACGAGGGCAGCUUCAGCUGCACUGUUACUGGAGAUUGUGGUUCUCCCUUCAGAGCACUGCCAAACAUGUGCAAGACCCUUGGAAUUAAGUCCACCUCGUUGGCUGCAAGGAAGCCAUUUGUCAGGAAGUUCAUGAAAAUUACGAAGCCCAUUAUGGAGCUCAGGGAUUUGUCUCAGUGUGCUCAGUAUGCCGCUGAGAAACGCGAUGAGGAGAAGAUGUGCGAUCACCUGAUCAGGGCCGCCAAGUACCGGGAUCACGUCACAUCCACCCAGCUCAUCCAGAAGAUUGUAAACAUCCUCACAGAUAAGCACGGUGCCUGGGGCUGCUCUGCGUUCAGCAGACCGCGGGAGUUCUGGCGCCUGGACUACUGGGAGGAUGACCUGAGGAGACGUCGGCGCUUCAUCAGGAACCUGUUUGGGUCCACACACUCUGAGGCCACGCUCAAGGCUGCAGCAGAGCAUGCUGGUAUUAAAGGGCCUGUUAACCUGAGCACCAGCGCACAGCUGGUUGCACCCGCUGUGGUGGUAAAAGGCACACUGUCUAUCACGGCCCAGGAGUUAUACUUUGAGGUGGAUGAAGAAGACCCGAGUUUUAAGAACAUUGAUCCCAAGGGUGCUUGGGGAAAUCAAACAUGGGCUUGUGGUCGUACUGACUGCAACGGCAGGCCUGUUAACCUGAGCACCAGCGCACAGCUGGUUGCACCCGCUGUGGUGGUAAAAGGCACACUGUCUAUCACGGCCCAGGAGUUAUACUUUGAGGUGGAUGAAGAAGACCCGAGUUUUAAGAACAUUGAUCCCAAGAUUUUGGCCUACACAGAGGGUCUGCAUGGGAAAUGGCAGUUCACAGAGAUCAGAGCAGUUUUUUCUCGCCGCUAUCUGCUACAGAAUACAGCGCUGGAGGUCUUCUUGGCCAACAGAACGGCAGUCAUGUUCAACUUCCCAGAUGCGGCCACAGUGAAAAAGGUGGUGCACUGUCUCCCCAGAGUUGGAGUCGGCACGAAUUUUGGCCUUCCUCAGACCAGACGGAUUUCUCUGGCCAGUCCGAAACAGCUUUACAAGGCCUCCAACAUGACCCAGCGCUGGCAAAGACGAGAGAUCUCCAACUUUGAGUACCUCAUGUUCCUCAACACCAUAUCUGGCCGUACAUAUAACGAUCUGAACCAGUAUCCUGUGUUCCCCUGGGUAAUCACCAACUACGACAGUGAAGAUCUCGACCUCACUCUGCCCAGCAACUACAGAGAUCUAUCCAAGCCUAUUGGUGCCCUCAACCCAAAGAGGGCUGCAUUCUUCUCUGAACGUUUUGAAUCAUGGGAGGACGAGCAGGUGCCCAAAUUCCACUACGGCACACACUAUUCCACCUCCAGCUUUACUCAGAUGUGGCUACUCAGGAUUGAGCCUUUCACAACGUUCUUCCUGAAUUUCCAAGGUGGGAAAUUUGACCACGCAGAUCGCACUUUCUCUUCAGUGUCCAGAGCCUGGAGAAACUGCCAGAGGGACACGUCUGACGUGAAGGAGUUGAUCCCUGAGUUCUAUUACCUCCCAGAGAUGUUUGUCAACUCCAAUAAUUACAACCUGGGAGUGAUGGAUGAUGGGACGGUGGUGUCAGAUGUGGAGCUGCCGCCCUGGGCCAAGAGUCCUGAGGAGUUCGUACGGAUCAACCGACUCGCUCUGGAGAGUGAAUUUGUGUCCUGUCAGCUGCAUCAGUGGAUUGAUCUGAUAUUUGGAUACAAGCAGCAGGGACCUGAGGCCAUCAGAGCUCUCAAUGUCUUCUACUACCUGACUUAUGAAGGAGCAGUCAACCUCAGCUCCAUAUCUGACCCCAUGCUUAGAGAGGCUGUAGAGUCUCAAAUCAGAAGUUUUGGACAGACACCCUGCCAGCUGCUAAUUGAGCCCCACCCGCCACGCAGUUCUGCCAUGCAGGUGACCCCACUGAUGUUCACAGAGCAGAUGCAGCAGGACGUCAUCAUGGUACUCAAGUUCCCGUCAAACUCGCCUGUCACCCACGUGGCCGCCAACACACAGUCAGGCCUAACCAACCCAGCGGUCAUCACAGUCACCGCCAACCGCCUCUUCGCUGUCAACAAGUGGCACGGCCUUACUGGUCAUCAAAGCUCUUCUGUGCAGGACCAGCAGUACCAGUUACCGGUUGAGAUUGACCCUUUGAUAGCCAAUAAUGUGGGCAUUCACAGAAGGCAGAUCUCAGAUCUGUUAGAUCAGAGCAUCCAGGUAAAUGCUCAGUGUUUUGUCAUCACGGCUGACAACCGCUUCAUCCUGCUGUGUGGCUUCUGGGACAAGAGCUUCCGCAUCUACUCCACUGAUACAGGUAAACUGACACAGAUUGUGUUUGGCCAUCUUGAUGUGGUGACCUGUCUGGCCCGCUCAGAGUCAUACAUUGGUGGAGACUGUUACGUUCUGUCCGGCUCCAGAGACGCCACACUACUGCUCUGGUACUGGAACGGCAAGCACAGCAGCAUCGGAGAGAACCCUGGAAAAUUUGUGACUCCCCGGGCAAUUCUGACGGGUCAUGAUUGUGAAGUCACGUGUGCAAGUGUGUGUGCAGAGCUGGGACUGGUCAUUAGUGGCUGCAGAGAGGGUCCAUGUCUUGUCCACUCUAUGAACGGUGACCUGUUGAGGACUCUGGAGGGUCCAGACGGCUGUGUGCGACCACGUUUGGUUCUGUCCUCCACCGAGGGUCACUGUGUCAUUUAUUAUGACAAGGGCCACUUCUGUGUGUUCAGCAUCAAUGGAAAACUGUUGGGACAUAUGGAGGUGGAAGACAUCAAGGCGAUGCUGCUAAGUAAAGAUGGACAGUAUCUGCUGUGUGGAGGAGAUGCAGGAGUUCUCAGCGUGUUGCAGAUCCAUGAUCUCAAACAGCUCUUCGCUUACCCAGGAUGUGAUGCUGGAAUACGCUCGAUGGCUAUGUCACAUGACCAAAGAUGCAUCAUCACUGGAAUGGCGUCUGGUAGCAUUGUUCUGUUCUACAAUGACUUCAACAGAUGGCACCAUGAAUACCAAACUAGAUACUGACCCAGUGACGACAGAGGGAACACAGCAGCCCUGCCACCGUUCAUAAAGGCACUACCAAUAGUCAUGAAUGUAUUCUAAAUAUUUAAAGAAGCAGAACUAUUUUUUAAAGAUGGAUAUUUUGUAGAUCUUAUGGAAUUUCUUACUAUAUAAAUCCUAGGGAGGGGUUAUAUACCUAAUAUUUGGAGAGCGAAAAAACGAUUUUUAGCUGUAAAAGUCUAUUUUCACCUUUGCGCUGAAAAAGACUGGUCUGAGUGGUCAGUAGCUAAAGACUAUAUUUACUUAUAGUGUCUAUGGAUAGAUGAUUUUUUUUGUGUAACUUAGGGUGGGUGAGUUUGCUUUUGUUUGUUUCCUUUCCUUAUUUGAUGUGAUUAUUUGGACAGGAUGCCUCUAAACGUCAUGAUUUGUAGUUCAGUAGUUCGGUUCCUGAAGCUAACAGGAAGCUGCCUCAUUUUUUGGGAGCAAUAAAUGACUCCGCUAAAUGGAACUAUUCGAUUAUAUCCAUAGAUUAAAUAGACAUAUCAAGGCAUCCCCUUUAAAUGUUGACUUUAUGAAUGGAAAAGGGGCUUCUUUUCAAAUGAGAGCAUUUCUGAAGGUUGGUUUUUUUAGUGAUUGUUUGUUAAACAUGAAUGGACCUCUUAUGUGAUCAUGUAAUGAUGUCACUUUAUAAACUGAAGGGGCGGAUUCUGCAUAUGAAGGGAGAGUAAUUUAGAAAUUAUUUGAAUAAUCUUCAUGGUUGGUAAGAAGUGAUUUGGGGUGUGUUUGUAGCUAUCUUUUUUUUGUUUGUUUGUUGUGAGUUCCAUAUCUAAGUGUUCCAGAACUAAACCAUUUUUUCUUUUCUUUGAGGAGAUGUAAGUGAUAACAAUAGAGGGAGGAGAGCAAAAAAUAGAUUAAUAUCCAUUUAAAGUGUCAUCAUAUAGACCUUUUGAAAUUUCACCGUUGUGCUUUUACCCUUAGUGUAUGCAGACGUGAAUGUGUGCAGAGCGUAAUAAUAUGGUAUACUAGCAUCUGUUAGAUGAGAUCAAAAGUGAUCUUGGAAGAAAAAAUUACAACAUUUCACUAUAUAUUAUUACUCAUAAAACAGCUCAAAAUAUAACCCCAUAGAUUACACUCAGGGCAAGCAGGGGUCUGUCAAAUUACAAAGAAGAGUUUAUUUCUUGGUUUAAGUCAACUGUGGUGUGAUUCUGAUGUUGACAAAUGUUGUCUGAUUCAUUAUGUUUGAUUUGUUUUGUUUUUAAUAGCUGUUGCUGUCUUUACUGUUAUAUCAUGUUAUAUCUUAGCAAAAUGGCAAUCAGGUUGGAACGAACGUGUGUGAUGAACUCAAUAAAAUGGCAUUUU